ACGAAGGCAAAACUACAAAACAGAAAAAAAAUGCGUUCCUUCACUCUGAUUGCCCUUUUCGCUAUUAUUGCUGUGGCUACCGCUCAAGGACCUCAAGAUGGACCUAAAGCUGGCCAGGAUGGACCUCAGAACGGUGAGCAGGGCGGUCAGCAAGGAUCCCAGCAAAGUGGUUCCCAGGAAGGACAACUGGGUGGUCCUCAAAAUGGCCAGCAGGGUGAACCAUGGCACUUGUCUGCGAAUGAAUCAGUCAUCUCCAACAUCACCACAUCCAUAACCCCCGAGGCCAGCACCACAGAGGCCAGCACCACUGAGGCCAGCACCACUGAGGUUUCCUCAUCUUAGGACGUAGCUGGAUUCUAUUCCUUAAACUAUUUUAGUUUUGCAUUUUUUCCUUAUCCUUGAUAUUAUUACAAAUUAUAAAAACAAUGGAUAAUGUUUUGUUGUGUCUACUGGUAUAAAUAAAAAAAUCUUU